AUGUUUCCUAAUCGAACUGCUUACACAACUGGUACUUCUCCAUGGUCAGUAGCAGUCGUCGAUGUGAAUAGCGACAAUAAAUCCGAUAUUGUUGUUACGAGCGUUGGCGAUAACACUGUUGGUGUUCUUCGCAACACAGGCAGUGGUACCUUUAGUACUCCAGUUAGUUACUCAGUUGGUAAUUCCCCAAAUUACGUAGUAGUCGUCGAUGUGAAUAGCGACAAUAAACCCGAUAUUGUUGUUACAAACCAGAAUUCGAACAACGUUGGCGUUCUUCUCAACACAGGCAGCGGCACCUUUAACGGUCAAAUUACUUACCCAGUUGGUGGCAGCCCAAUGUCGUUAGCAGUGGGCGAUGUGAAUAGCGAUAAUAAACCCGAUAUUGUUGUUGCAAACUAUGUCGGUAACAUCAGUGUUCUUUUCAACACAGGCAGCGGCACCUUCAAUACUCAAACUACUUACUCAGUUGGUGUUCACCCACAGUCAGUAGCAGUUGUCGAUGUGAAUAGCGAUAAUAAAUCCGAUAUAGUUGUUACGAACUAUGGUUCGAACACGGUUGGUGUUCUUCUCAAUACAGGCAGCGGCAUCUUUAAUGCUCAAACUACUUACUCAAUUGGUGGUGGCUCUCAAGCACUAGCAGUCGUUGAUGUGAAUAGCGACAAUAAACCGGAUAUUAUUGCUGCAAACAUGGGUACGGCCAGUGUCAAUGUUCUUCUCAACGCAGGCAACGGCACCUUUAAUGCUCAAACUAAUUACACAGUUGGUAGUGGCCCAGUAGCAGUAGCAGUUGCUGAUGUGAAUAGCGACAACAAACCUGAUAUUAUUGUUGUUAACACUAAUGUGAACACCAUUAGUGUUCUUCUUAACGCAGGUGGCGGCAUCUUUAAUGCUCAAACACCUUACUCAGUUGGUAGUGAACCACAAUCAGUAGCAGUCGCCGAUGUGAAUAACGACAAUAAACCUGAUAUUAUUAUUAGUAACACUAACUGGAACGCCGUUGGUGUUUUCUUGCAUUGCUAA